GUGUGUCGCUCUGCAAGACCCUUCGGUUGCUCUACCACAACUACUUCUACCUCAGCAUCUUCUUCGUUUCCUGCGUUAGCGUGGACCGCUAUCUCGCCAUCGUCCACCCGCUGCGCUCUGUGGUGUUACUCGGCCGCCGGCAGACCUGCUUCCUCUGUGCCAUUAUCUGGGCGAUUUCCAUGGUGAUAAGUGUCCCUGUAGCUCACAUGACUUUGCUACAACAUUGCCCCGGAGACAAUAAUCGUACCGUGUGUACCCUGUAUAUGUUAUUGGACGACACUGAGGAGAGCUUACCCUACUCAAUCUGCUGUACCACCAUCGGCUUCCUCUUACCUCUAAACUCCAUCUGUUACUGUUGCCUCCGCAGCAUCAGGGAGCUCCGCCUCCGCAGCCGCCGGCCAACGGUACACCUCCACCGGAACAAGAGGGGACGUCUCCGUCUGACCCGCGUGUUGACUGCCGUGCUGACCCUCUUUGCCCUGUUCUACCUGCCCUACCACCUGAGCAGGAACGCGGCCAUCGUGAUGCAUGCCAUGUACCUGGGCAGGCCGGCGGUCUGGCAGCCCUUAGAUCUGGUAUUCUGCCUGGAGAUCUGUCUAUGUAGCCUGAAUACCUGUGUCAACCCGCUGUUUACUUGCUUUGUGGGACGGCAGUUUAGAAAGGGCUUCAGGAUACCUUUGGGUUCGCUGGGCUGCAGCUUUGGAAGAGUCAACGACAGCAAUCAGCGGUGA